CGACCUGUUACGUUCUACUACCAACUCUCCUCCCUGCACCAUGGUGUCUACCACCAAUCUGUUCAUAGUACUGCGUUGGACGACUUCUAUACGAAAAACUCAACAAAUUUGACCAAAUGUGGCCCCUUGGCAUAUCUCAUAACCCCCUCGUCCUGAAUACCAAGGCUGGGCAAUUUUCAUAUAGGCGAAUAACAGAUAUCAAUUCGAUACUUAGGACCUACUCCCGCCCACAACAUUCCUUCGUUUGGAGGCAUUCUGGACGUUAUUUCCUGGCGAAAACCCUACUUUGGCCUUUCAAACCUCCAUUUUUUACCAACCUUGGCUUCUCUUGGCCGGGAUAACCUUUUUCAGGGACCAAGACUUGGAGGUCGUAUUUAACGACAUGCCCCAGCUCCAACAGAACCCACUAAUGACCUAACAUGGGAAUAUUCUCUAGAAAAACUUUCGGUCGCUCCUACACUCGUUCGUCGACCAAUCCCGUUCCUCAGAAUAUCCAACAGGCAACGACUCUAUCCGAACGUGCCUACGUUCUCGAAUCUAAGCAAGUCAUCCAAAAGUUGCAAACAAACGUAGAGGAUGGUAUAUCUGAAGAAGAUGCAGAGAAAAGAUUGCAAGAUUACGGUGAAAAUCUACUCACGAACGAGAGCUCCGUCUCCGCCCUAUCUGUCUUAAUACGCCAAAUGGCCAACGCCCUCACCCUCGUCCUCGUUGCAGCCAUGGCUCUAUCCUACGGUGUACAAGACUGGAUAGAGGGUGGUGUCAUCACGGCCGUCAUUGUCCUAAAUGUCGCAGUCGGUUUCAUUCAAGAAUACAGAGCCGAAAAAACCAUGGAUUCCCUCCGAUCCCUAUCCUCACCCACCGCCGUCGUCAUCCGCUCUUCGGAAACCAAAGUCGUCCCAGCACGUUUCCUCGUACCAGGCGACAUCGUUUUCAUCAAGAUGGGUGAUGUCGUGCCAGCGGAUCUUCGAGUAUUGGCGACGACGAACCUCGAUAUCGAUGAAGCCCUUUUGACCGGUGAAGCGUUACCUGUAACGAAGACGCUUGAGUCUAUCAAACCAACGUUAUCGCCUUCUGGUGAUACCGUUCCUAUCCCGGUUGGAGAUCGGACGAACAUGGCCUUCGCUUCGACAAGCGUUGUGAAGGGGAGAGGGAAGGGUGUUGUUGUGGCCACUGGUAUGGGAACUCAAGUUGGUGGGAUCGCUACUGCGUUGCAGGAUAAGAAGAAGCGCAAAUCUGGCGAAGGGAAGAAGGUGCCGUUGGGCAAGAGGUUCUAUGAGACCAUUAUGACCUUACUUGGGCUUCGGAGUGGUACACCUUUACAGAUCAAAUUGAGUAAACUGGCGUAUACCUUGUUCAUAUUGGCAAUCAUCCUCGCAAUUAUCGUGUUUGGCGUAGCAAAGUUCAAAGUCGAUAACGAAGUAGCCAUCUACGCCAUCGCUCUCGCCAUCUCCGUCAUUCCCGAAUCCCUUAUUGCCGUCUUGACUAUCACCAUGUCAGCGGGCACCCGACGAAUGGCCACACAAAACGUCAUCGUUCGGAAGCUCAAUGCCUUGGAAGCAUUGGGAGGUGUAACGGAUAUCUGUUCAGACAAAACUGGUACACUGACACAAGGGAAGAUGGUGGUCAAAGCUGCUUGGAUGCCCUCCGAUGGCUCUCUACCCGACAGAGAGUUCGCCGUCGAAUCUGGAACUGUAGCGUUGAACCCAGAGAGCGGGAAGGUUUACGAGGUUCGUAAUGAGAAGGAGAAGGAGGUUGAGAAACUCGAGGGAGAUGAAGGAUUGACGGAAUAUGUUAUGAUUGCUAGCAUGUGUGCUGUCGCUACCUUGACCAAAACCGAAGGAGAAGGUACAGAAAAGGCACGAUGGAAAGCCACCGGCGAUCCCACCGAAGUCGCUCUACAAGUCUUUUCUCACCGGUUUGGCGUUCGUAGGGAAGACCUCGCAUCCGGUACCGACGGCAGCCAAUACAAGCUUGUCGUCGAGCACCCCUUCGACUCCUCUAUUAAACGCAUGUCUAUGGUCUAUACCCGCAAUGAAGACGGACAAACCGAACCUAUCGUAUACAUGAAGGGAGCCGUCGAACGGGUCAUUGAGAGAUGCGUUCGCGUUCGUGGUGGACCGGAUCUAACGGAGGAAAUCAAAACCCGCAUUCUUUCCCAGAUGGAAUCAAUCGCAGGGCAAGGCUUGCGAGUAUUGUCUUUAGCCUCAAGGAGGCUUCAGGCAGCUACAGGUGUGGAGUUGGAGAAGAUGUCGAGAGAGGAUGUGGAGAAGGAUAUGGAGUUUGUCGGGCUGGUCGGGAUCUAUGAUCCGCCCAGGAAGGAAAGUGCUGGAUCUGUCAGGGCGUGUAGGGAUGGCGGGAUUAUUGUUCAUAUGUUAACAGGAGACCACCCCGCCACAGCUGCAGCCAUCGCACGGGAAAUCGGUAUAGUCGGUCCAGACGCUCCUAAAGGGGCUAUCAUGACUGCUACGGAAUUCAACGCAAUGACCGACGAAGAACUCGACGGCCUCCCGGCUCUCCCCCUCGUCAUUGCCCGCUGUUCCCCCGAAACCAAAGUUCGAAUGAUCCACGCUUCCCUUCGUCGUCCCGGGAAAUACCUGGCGAUGACAGGAGACGGUGUAAACGAUGCCCCUGCUCUCUCGCUAGCACCUGUUGGCAUUGCGAUGGGAUUGGAGGGUUCGGAUGUCGCUAAGGACGCGAGUGAUUUGGUGCUGAUGGACGAUAACUUUGGGAGUGUCGUUAGAGCCGUUGGGGAAGGACGGAGGAUGUUCUGGAACAUUCAGCGGUUCAUUGAACAUUUACUUUCGACUAAUGUUGGAGAAGUCAUCGUGCUCGUCAUUGGUUUGGUCUUCCAGGAUGCAUCAGGGAGAUCCGUGUUUCCUUUGAGUCCGUUAGCGGUGCUUUGGAUCAACAUGAUUACCUCAAGUCCUCCUGCGUUUGGUCUCGGUUUAGAAGCUGCAGAUCCGCUUAUAAUGAAACGACCACCACACUCGAUCAAAUCUGGCGUCUUUACAUGGCCGGUUAUCAUCGACUGUUUAUUUUACGGAUUGAUGCUUGGUGUAACCAGUCUCUGUUCCUUCAUCGCAGUCGUUUACGGCCGUUACGGCGGUAAUCUAGGACAAGAAUGUAACCGUGGCUUCACGAAUUUCGCAGAUGCAGGAGACUGCCAAGCCGUGUUUAGAGGACGGAGUACGACGUUUGCGACGUUGAUCAUCAGUAUCUUGUUCUACGCUUGGGAGCUCAAAUUCUUGGAUCGUCCUUUGGUUGCGCUGGUUGGCGCUGGUAACCGCGUCGAGGGUGGAAGGGGUUUAUGGGAGGAGUUGUGGAGGAACCAAGUGUUGUUCUGGGCCGUCAUCCUGGGAUCAGCCUCUGUCCCCAUAGCGAUCUACGUCCCCGUACUGAACACCAAGGUCUUCUACCAAGGUCCCAUUGGCUGGGAAUGGGGAGUUGUAGCCGGCAUGACACUCGUCUUUGUCGUUUCAGCAGAGUUAUGGAAAGGAUUGGUCAGAUCUAAGGAGUGGUAUGCUCGAAUUGGAGGAGGUAGCUUCGUUCAACCUGGGAAGGAAGCGGAAGGGCAGGGUUUGAUGGGGAGAGCGAGUGGUAGUAGCAGGACUGUGUCGCAGGAAGGUGAAACGAGGACUGCUGAGAAGGUGUGAGGUGGGCGAAUACCGACGGAUGUAUUGGAGUCCAUUCUCUACCCUCGUCGUGAAAGACGACAGAGAAACGGUAGAGUCGCAGAUUUUGCCUACGAAGAACACGAACACGAGGCGAUUUCAACAAUCGCGGCCUACGUAUGUAAUAGUGUACUACACGAAAAUCAUGUACAUCAUCAACAGGGCAAAGAAAAUAAUUAUGUUCUGACC